GUGGACAGUCUCGUUGUCUCACAGCUUCUUUUGAGGACAAAGUGUAAAGACAGUCAGUGUGUGCGUGUGCACGUGCCCGUGUGUGUUUGCUAACACACAAAGAUGACUUCUAAGAACUUCCACUUGGACGAUUUCGUUGCUGGAUGGAUCGGUGGGGCAUCCAGUGUGGUGGUGGGACACCCUCUGGACACCGUCAAGACACGACUUCAGGCGGGCAAAGGCUACCAGAGCAUGACGCACUGCAUGCUCACCAUCUACAGGAAGGAAACGGCGGCAGGCUUCUUCAAAGGCAUGUCCUUCCCUGUGGCCACCAUCGCGGCCUACAACUCUGUGGUCUUUGGCUUCUUCAGUAACGCGCAAAGGUUCAUCAGCGAGUAUCGCUACGGCGACGGCCACCGUCCUUGCAGCACGCUGGACCUGACCGUGGCCAGCAUGCUGACCGGACUGGUGUCGGUGGGCCUGGGCGCCCCCGUGGAUCUGGUGAAGAUCCGACUGCAGAUGCAGACGCAGAUGGCGCGCCCGGCAGAGCAUUUCCAACUCGCCGGCAGCGUUUCCAGCGGCAGCAGCAUGACCGUGCGCGCCAUGCACUCCUCCAGCCAGACGCUCUACCGGGGCCCCGUCCACUGCAUCGGCAGCAUCCUGCAGGCCGAAGGCCUCCGGGGGCUGUACCGUGGAGGCGGUGCCAUGGUGCUCAGGGACGUCCCCGGUUACGUCCUCUACUUCGUCCCCUACACCGUCUUCUGUGACCUUCUGAGACCCGACGCCACCUCCAGCCCCCAUCCCUGCGCCAUCUGGCUGGCGGGCGGUCUGGCAGGGUCAAUUUCCUGGGUGACGGCCACGCCCGCUGACGUGGUGAAGAGUCGCAUGCAGGCGGACGCUCGGCUGCACAGGAAGUACAAAGGCGUGGCGCACUGCGUGGUGCGCAGCUACAAGACAGAGGGAGCACAGGUGUUCUUCCGGGGCGCUUCAGUCAACGCCAUCCGAGGCUUCCCAAUGAGCGCCACGAUGUUCCUGGCUUACGAGCUCUCCUUGCAGUUCUUCAGGAGCUUUUAGGGCCUUCCUGCAAGACGACGGCUAAAAGACUCCAAGUGGACGUUGGCGGUCCUCACGUCCACGAGACAUCGCAGCUCACAGGAUGAACUCAAUCACGGCCAAGUGGCUUCAUGCUAAAGCUAGGCUAGGCUAACCAGUCAGAGCUUUGCUUCUCGACGUGUCGUUUGUAUGCUGACUCAGCUCGUCCGUGUAUCACCAAUGCUUGCAACUGUCGGGGUGAAGGUGGUGUAAAUAUUGAGGACUUUAGAGUGUCAAUUAGUGUAAAAAAAGUCCAAAUUUGCACAUUUGUACGCAUUUUUGUUUACAUUUUGUAACGUUUUUUGAAUGUGAUUGGUGACGUUACACAAGUACAACACUUGCUAUGUUUUAUGUUCCAUUACGUUGCUCCUCUACCAAACGUCAUGUAAAUAGCUUUCUUAUAUUAAGAAAAGUUACUCUUUGGACUUGGGAGUUACAUGAAAGAAUCUCACCACUUAGCAAAGUAAAGUUCAUUCCAUUGGCUUCGUGCAACAAUAUCAUCAUCAUCGUGUUUGGUGCUCAACUGCCAUUCCAGUGUCUUACUGUACAGAAAUAAAUUCAUCUUUUACAAAAAAAAAACCCUGCCUGAAGUCACGUGACCUCAAAGUGAUUCUUCUCCGAGGAACUUUGAGACUCCACGAGGUACACGCGUGUGGAAAGCAGGUUAGAAGCGUCGGCACACGACAACAAUGAAGCAAAGACACGAGCAGCAGAACACGAAAAGUUGUAAAAGACACGCGGGAACCUUUUUAGAAACAAUCUUUAAUGUUUGAUUGGGCGAGUUAGACAGCCUGACAUGCAACACAGCCUCCCGCACUCACCUUUGUCUUCUAGCGCGUCCUCUCACUGGAGGACGCCCUGCAACACGAGUGUCCAAAGUUUUACACCCAAAAGUCACUUUCAUAUUUGCCAUCUUGGAAAAAAUACACACUCUUUUUAGGGCUGUAUAUGUCAUGUAUAUAUACAGGUGUGUGUGUGUGUGUGUAUAUAUAUAUAUAUAUAUAUAUAUAUACAUACACACACAUACAUACAUACAUUUAUUAGGGAUGUUCGAUAAUAUCGAUAAUAUCGGCCCACCGAUAUUGGCAUAAAAAUGUAAUGUUGGUCAAUAUCGGUAUCAGGUUUUUUCCCUGUAAUGAAAACCGACGUAGCCCUUUAAGCGCCACGAGCAACACUGCUGCCGCCGCAACAGUCAACACGCAACACACGCUUGAGGCGAUGCUUUGCUUCACCGUGUUCGGAGUGGGUUGUCAAAACAACGUUAAUAUUGAGUUUUGUGAGUUGGGGAUACGUACACUGCUGACGAUGUGUUGGGGUCGGACUGAGGUCACAAAAGAGCCUCGGCGUCCUUGUGACGGUAUGGGGACACGACACCGAGCCUCCGUCAAGCUCCAGCUGCAAAAUGGUGCCUGGGUCACACUUUGGACACCCGUGCUCGAGGACAAAUCCCUUACUUUCACUUUCAUCUUUGACUUGACAACACAAAUGAUCACCAGAGUGUGAACUUUGACCCCCACUGUCCAGGGCACACUGAUGAUGUCAUCACAUGAAGUUUGGCAGUUGCUUUUUCCUAAAUGUUUUAAAAAUAUUUAUGUUGGAAUGUUUGCGACGUCGUCCAGCACAGACGUGACGAGUGGACAAAAGACACAAUAAAUCAACAAUCAAUCAACAAUAAAGACAAUAAAUCAACUAUAAAGACAAUAAUUAGCCCUUUUUCAAGGCAAGUGUCACACGGCGCCUCUACACAACCCGCACACACCUCACUAGCCAAUAGGAGGACACGCCAACGAGCAUGUGACCUUUGGAACACAAAACAAGUGCUGUGUCUCAAUUGGUGCACUUGCGUACUUACACGUGGCACACUUAUACUUGUAAAAGGCAGCACCCAUAAGUGUACUAAAAACGCUCUAAGUGGCGAGUGCGUACUGAUGGGACGCUCGCCGCCCUCAACAGUCGCCAUCUUGGCUACGUAGCGGAAGGGGCUAGCAAACAGACAAUGAAUCACAAAUGAUUAUGCUGUGGAGAAGUGGUCGAUAUUUUACUGGGGUGAUCCAAAUGUUGGCGAUAACGCCCCAUCCAGUGGUUGCAAAGCACCAUUAAAAAGGAGAGAAGAAGCACUGAUGGAAGUAUUCCAUUUGAGACACAGCAAAGCAGGAAAAGAAGAAAGUGAAAGUGAAAAGCAGCUUCCACGAUCAACUUUGACGAGUCAUAGCUGAGGCAGGAAUGAGCAUGAGAAGCUAACGUCUUUAACGCUGUCUUCAACAAAGUCGUGGCUUGUGAGGACCAAAGAGAAAGAAACAGCCAAGUGCUACUUGACGGUCCUGUCAGUCAAUGUGAGGACAGGCGGAGGACGUUUGGUGGACUUUUGGAAUGUGUGAAAGUAUUCAGAAGACACGUUUGGACAAGAAGACACACUCAUCAGAGACAAACAAAAACAAUUAUUGCAAAAGUGUAAAUAGUAUGGCUUCGUGCUCUACGUCUAGUCUGCCUAACGACUACGUGAACAACUACUUCAUGAUCGGUCGCCAGCUUUGUUGGAUGAAAUUAAAGUGUCUUUGGUCUCGCCGCUGAUGACCUUAAGAACGCAUUCAGAGAUGGCGGUUGAGGACGACCGCAUCCAUGUUUAACACCGCUAAUCCCCCCCCCCCCAAACCACCCACCUCGCACCCCGCCCCAUGUGUCCAAGUGAUUGUCUAAAGGGAGCAUGCAAGCUACGCACUGUGACCACAAAUAUGCACCUUCAUCACCUUUGUCAUCUUUCUCAACUUGGCAGCAUCACUGCUUCCUGUCUAGCAUCUGGGCCUAGCAGGUAGCCAAACACGCUAACAUGUCUUUCCAUUCCUUGCAGGCCAAACACGCUAACACAUCUUUCUGUUCCUAGCGGCUAGCCAAACAUGCUAACAUGUGUUUCCGUUCCUGGUGGCUAGCCAAACACGCUAACAUGUCUUUCCAUUCCUGGUGGCUAGCCAAACACGCUAACACGUCUUUCUGUUCCUGGUGGCUAGCCAAACAUGCUAACAUGUCUUUCAGUUCCUAGCUGCUAGCCAAACAUGCUAACAUGUCUUUCAGUUCCUAGCUGCUAGCCAAACACGCUAACAUGUCUUUCCAUUCCUGGUGGCUAGCCAAACACGCUAACACGUCUUUCCAUUCCUUGCAGGCCAAACACGCUAACACGUCUUUCCGUUCCUGGUGGCUAGCCAAACACGCUAACACGUCUUUCCGUUCCUGGUGGCUAGCCAAACAUGCUAACACGUGUUUCCGUUCCUGGUGGCUAGCCAAACACGCUAACAUGUCUUUCCAUUCCUGGUGGCUAGCCAAACACGCUAACACGUCUUUCCAUUCCUUGCAGGCCAAACACGCUAACACGUCUUUCCAUUCCUUGUGGCUAGCCAAACACGCUAACACGUCUUUCCGUUCCUGGUGGCUAGCCAAACAUGCUAAUACGUCUUUCAGUUCCUAGCUGCUAGCCAAACACGCUAACAUGUCUUUCCGUUCCAGUCCAACUCAGACAAAGACAUGCCUCCUAAAAAGUCAACAUGUUCCUUGUCCAUGUGAAAAACAGCAAAGACACUUUCAAUACUAGUGGUUUUCUCCGCCGAGCAACAGGUGACAGUCUCUGCCUAGCAACAGACAAUGGCAGCCAAUCAGAAGGUAGAAAUAAAAUGUUGAAUGAAUAAAAUGUUGCAUUAAAUGUGUGGAGUAAAAAAGAAAAGAAAACAUGAGCAGGAAAGGCAGUGUGAAGCCUCCAACAGUUUGGCAAGACCCCCCAAAUACCCUCCCCCGACCCCGCCCCCAUCUUCUUCCAUAAGCUCACUUAAGUGAAGAUGUCCCCCACCCCCCCCAGCCGGUCUACUUCUUGAACAUGUCCUGCAGGGGGCCGGGCAGGAACUUGAGCACCGUGUCCAGGAUGCUCUCCUCGUCUUCCUCGUCAUCGUCCCCGCAGCCUCGCGGGAUGGCCUUCUUGGGCCGAGUCAGCGAGCCUUCGCACGCCUGCUCCAUGGCCGCCUUCUCCUCCGCCUCCUUCUCCUCCUUCUUCUUCAGGCCGUACUGCCGAAAGCACAAGAAAAGCAAACAGGUUGACGCAUCACAGCACAUCAUAGCAGGCCCGGUGGCGUCA